CUCCCCGGUGCAAGCUGUUGGGAACGGCGACAACAAGCACCUGCAGCCGAAGCGCACAGCUCUCCAUAGCAUCAGGACCACAAGCUGCUGCACUAAAACUGGCCACUUUCUCCAAUCAAACUCGACCUAGGCGCAUGGAGUCCAUUUGAAAAUUAUAUAUAAUUCCCUCAGAUUUAUUAUUCAGUCUUGCUGUAUGUUAUUUAUAAUAUAAUAAUUUGUGGUCAUGGAUGAAGACAAUAAGACAAAGAGCGAAGAGCAGCAUCUAACUGUCCAAAAAGCAUUGCAGCAAUGUGAGUUGGUCCAAAAUAUGAUAGACAUCAGCAUCUCCAGUCUGGAAGGGUUAAGGACUAAAUGUGCCACAUCAAAUGACCUCACGCAAAAAGAAAUAAGAACACUAGAGGGUAAACUUGUGAAGUACUUCAGCCGUCAGCUUUCCUGUAAACGUAAAGUUUCUCUGCAGGAACGGAAUGCUGAACUAGAAGGAUUUCCCCACCUUGUUCAUUGGUUUCGGAUUGUAAAUAUUCGGAAGGAAGUGAUAGAGGACAUAGCUCCUGAUCAGCUGACUCUAGAAGCCCUUUUAGAGAUGACCGAUGAAGAAGUAUGUGAAACAGUGAAGAAAUAUGGGACAAACAGUGAGGAAUGUGCCAGAUUAAACGCUUCAUUGUCCUGCCUACGAAGUGUUUAUAAAUCAGGGAGUAGCCAUUCCAGCCAAGACUGGGUUAUCCAGUGGCCGACAACAGAAACUGGGAAAGAGAAUACUCCUGUCAGCCAAGCAGAACCAGUCAUGUGGCCUGGAUGCAAUAUCACACUAAGUCCCAAGAUGCCAUCAAAGUUCAUGCAGCAAGACUUCCAUUCAGUGCCUGUGCUAGGAACCAAUUGUACUUACACAGAUAGACUGACCAUUGGAGAUCCUAUUGGGCUUUAUCCUACAUUUGAGAGUGGGCCAAGUUCUCUGCCACCAUCUCCACGACAGCGUCAUCCUGUUCAUACUCCCCCUCGAACCCCUCCUAUAGUGACAACAAUGACACCUCCAGGAACACCACCAGUGAGGAGAAGGAACAAACUGAAACCUCCUGGAACUCCUCCACCAACUUCUCGCAAAUUGAUCCACCUCAUCCCUGGAUUCACUGCACUACACCGAAGUAAAUCACAUGAGUUCCAGCUAGGAAACAGGGUGGAAGAAACGCAUACCCCGAAAGCAAAGAAAAAGAACAAACCUCUAAAUCUGAAGAUACACAAUAGUGUUGGCAGCUGUGAGAACAUCCCUGCUCAACGUUCCCCUCUUCUCUCAGAACGUUCCUUGCGCUCCUUUUUUGUUGGACACCCAUCUUUUCUUCCUUCUACACCUCCGGUUCACACUGAAGCCAAUUUCUCAUCAAAUACAUUGUCAGUGCCUCGAUGGUCCCCACAGAUUCCCGCAGAGAUCUUGGAAAUUCGAUAAAAACACAGAUUUUCCACCAAGUAUUGGAUGUCUCAGACCUGCACAGUAUGUGGGAAAGGGAUGCUUUUUGGCUUGAAAUGUAAAAACUGCAAGUUGAAGUGCCAUAACAAAUGCACCAAAGAAGCCCCACCUUGUCAUUUACUUAUCAUUCAUCGUGGAGCAAGACUUGUGCGAACAGAAUCUGUGCCAUGUGACAUUAACAAUCCUCUUAAGAAGCCACCCAGGUACUCUGAUCUGCACUCCAGCCAAACACUGCCAAAAACCAACAAAAUUAAUAAGGAUCACAUACCGGUCCCUUACCAGCCGGAUUCAAGCAGUAAUCCUUCAUCAACAACAUCUUCAACACCAUCCUCUCCAGCACCUCCUCUACCUCCCAGUGCGACACCACCUUCACCCCUUCAUCCUUCACCACAGUGCACCCGGCAGCAGAAACAGUUCAACCUCCCAGCUUCUCAUUAUUUCAAGUACAAGCAGCAGUUCAUUUUUCCAGACGUCACACCUGAGGCACAAAGUCGAACUCCUCAAGUUAUUCUUCAUCCUGUCAACUCUGACCCCAUUGGAGGAAAUCCAACACUUCGAGUGGAAGUGAAUGAGCCCACAUCAGAGAACGAAGAUGCGAAUGAUGCCUAUAAGUCAGAUGGUUCAGAAGAUGAUUUUGAGGAAAUGAACCUAUCAUUAUUGUCUGCACGGAAUUUUCCAAGGAAAGCAAGUCAGACCAGCAUAUUCCUCCAGGAAUGGGAUAUUCCCUUUGAGCAACUAGAAAUUGGAGAACUCAUAGGCAAAGGACGCUUUGGAAAAGUCUAUCACGGUCGUUGGCAUGGAGAGGUAGCAAUCCGUUUGAUUGAUAUUGAAAGGGACAAUGAAGACCAUCUGAAACUUUUCAAAAGGGAAGUGAUGGCAUAUAGACAAACCCGACAUGAGAAUGUGGUACUCUUUAUGGGAGCCUGUAUGAGUCCCCCUCACUUAGCUAUUAUCACCAGCCUCUGCAAAGGAAGAACUCUGUAUUCUGUCGUAAGGGAUGCUAAAAUGGUGCUGGAUGUGAACAAGACCAGACAAAUCGCUCAGGAGAUUGUAAAGGGUAUGGGUUACCUACAUGCUAAAGGAAUUCUUCAUAAAGAUUUGAAGUCAAAGAAUAUAUUCUACGACAAUGGAAAGAUAAUCAUUACCGAUUUUGGCCUCUUCAGCAUCUCUGGAGCUUUGCAAGAGGGCAGGAGAGAAAGUGAAAUGAGGAUCCCCAAUGGUUGGCUGUGUCAUCUGGCUCCUGAAAUUAUUCAACAACUCUCUCCAUCUACAGAUGAAGACAAACUCCCAUUCUCCAAGCAAUCAGAUGUAUUUGCAUUUGGAACCAUAUGGUAUGAGUUGCACGCACGUGAGUGGCCUUUCAAGAAUCAGCCCACAGAUGCGAUAAUAUGGCAAGCCGGGCGAGGAAUGAAGCCUAAUCUAAGUCAAAUUGGCGUAGGAAAGGAGAUUGCGGAUAUCUUGCUUUUCUGCUGGGCCUACGAGCAGGAGGAGCGCCCUAGUUUCUCAAAGAUCAUGGAGUUGCUUGAGAAACUGCCCAAGCGAAACCGUCGGCUCUCUCACCCUGGACAUUUCUGGAAGUCAGCUGAGUACGUUUCCCUUAGCUCCAAUGUGUGAACGUCCAGAUGCACAUUGUCGGACUUUGGAUCCAGCCUUGCAUUUCAUGCAUUACGUUCGGUUGACCAUUUGCUUUAGUGUUUCAAGCAGCUGAUGGACAAAUCAGAUCAAACAUUCAAGAAUGCACAAAAUUGAGAAUCACAAACUGAAACUCACAAUGAGUGUUGUAAACCUCAGUCUUAACCGAAUAAAAUGCGCAGCUGUAGCAGGCACAAUUUUACAUAUGUUUUGGUAGCCCCUGCUCCAAGUGUCAAGAGGAGGAAUGAACAGCAUGGAAAUGUUGCUUGAUUUGGUUACUCAGAUUUGUUAAACUUUGAGUUUUGUGCACAGGCAGGUACAUGACGCACACUUGGGGGAAAAGGCCACUGAGUUCAAAGAUCCUUGUGAAUGAAAUGAAUGACAUGUUUGCCAAAAAUUUAGACUUGCAUGAUCCUGUGAAUCCAUGAGGAAAGUUCCAACUGUUCAAGUGGUCCCUCAAACUGGAUGGAACAUAAUUAGGAAAAGUGGCCAUUUCCUGUGGGAACCUGACAAGACUAUAUUACUGGCACAUCAUGCGGUUUUGACAUAGAAAAGAAGUGAGAACCACUAUGGUUAUUGACCAUAUCUGCACCAUGGUAACUGUGGAUUAGACAGUAUCUUUGAGAUGUGUGAUAUAAAGUAUAAUCUUGUCAGGUUUUAGUGGUACAUGCAUUCCUAGUCCUUGAGAAAGGCUACAAACAACACAUAGUGUUCCUUAAUUGGUCAGUAAUGGUAUGUAUACUUAAUCCUGCCAUACAUGGGUUUAGUACUGAAGCAGGAGAUGCAAAUUGCUACUGAGAGUCUGGAUCAUGAACCCAGAAAUGAGGUAAACUGGUUGGGCUUUAUGGACUUUUCUCAUUCUUACCCUCUUAAGUGAGUUUAUGUUCUUAUCAGCAGCUGUUGUGUCCGUUCUGACCCUAUUGCCUGUAAUAGGAUUCCGUUUUGUUGCCAAUCUAUGGAAGGGAAGCUAAAAAUCAGUAAUCUCUUCUUCCUCAUUCUUCAAUUACCUCAUUGACGCCCGGUUCAAUGCACCAUCUCCUGCUGCUUCCUUCAUAUCUGUUGCACUCCCCCCUGCCUUCCCCAGUCCUGCAUGUUCUCACUGAUUGUGCAAACUGCUGUCAUGAAAUAAGCAAUUUUUUAAUGUCAGAUUUUUUUAAGCACAUAAAAAAUAAAAUACACAACCUUUUCAGAAAACUUAG